AUGAUCAACGCCUUCUGUCACCCGGCAUGGUUGCCGAUCCCCGCCAAAGAUCGGCUUAUCGCGGCUAUCGAGCGCGGCGAAGGCAGCUCACGCGAGUUCUGGAAGAAGAACGUCAUCCUCUCGUCAGCUUGGAUUCGCAAGUGCCAUGAAGCGGGGCGGUUCAUUCUGUUCAACCUCUGGGAGUUUGGCACAGACGAAGAGCACAACGCUUCGGCCGCUUGGACAUGUGCCGACUGCAACCGCCAGUGCCUCGACCGAUGGGACCUCGAGUUCCACCUGUCGAAGAGCAGCUGCGAGCCAAAAACCAUGCACUCCAUUGCCCAAAGACCAACGGCCCCACGCUGGCGCUUCAUGCCCGACUUUCCGCCAGAGCCAUCACCGCCUCCAGUUCCUUCGGCCAUCGUGCUUCAGCCGCCGACAAGUCCGGUCCAACCCGAUCAAGACGAGUUAAUGGACGAUGACGACGUCAAACCUGGCCCAGGACAGCUUCCUUCAUCCCAGCAGUCAGAAGACAUGGAUAUCGAUACCCCAACGGCGUCCCAGGUUCCGCAGCAGGCGGCCUUGCAGCCCACAAGAACCUACCAAUUGGACGAAGACAUGGAUAUCGAAACGCCAACGCCGACACCUACGCCGCGAAGAGCCACUCCACCAGCUGUGGCAUCGGGAUCCACACAGGCUGUACUGGCAACCCCGGGGGCAGCUCUCCUAGAAGCCAGCAUCGACCUGUCCACAAUACCCAGCGUGUCAAAUUUAUCCAACAUGUUCCCGUUCCUCCUCGACGUAAACGUCUGGUUCUACAGCGAGUUCUCGCAGCACACUCAAACGGUCGUCGGCGAUGCCGUGAAGGCGGUUGGCGGCAUUGUCACCACCGGCGAUGACUGGGGACACGCGACCCACCUUCUCUUCCCAGAAGACACAGACGAGUUCUUAAACGAGACCUUCAUGGACAGCUUGGCCGAGGCCUGCGCCAUGGAAGGAAAGUGGUGCGUCGACAUCGAAUGGGUCGUCCAAUGCCUCAAGGCCAAGGAGCACCUUCCAGAAGGAAACUUCGCGGUCACCAGGCAUAAGCCGCGGGGUGUCGGGGGCGUGCCCGAGCAGUCUCCUGCCCCCGUAGCGCCAACAGACACGCCGCGGCGUGCAGCUCGAUUGAGCGAAAAGGGGAAGGAAGUUGCCUCAAGCACUCCCACAAUGGACGUCAAGUGCAACCGGGACGCCGAGUCUGCGUUGGACAAGUAG